AUUUCAUAUGAAAAGAAUAUUAUAUUGUUAUUGUUUUUAAAUCAGUUUAUGAAAUGUUCUGUAAACAUGCUAUAACAUUUUAACUGGGAGGGUUUCGUAAACUUCCACCAGUCAGUUUGUUUUUUACAGAGAUUUUAAAUAUCUUUUUUAAAAACGAUAAAAUAAAAUAAAAAACAACUUCAAAAUUUUUUUGCUCUGUGAAAAACCUUUUUAUUUAAAAAUGGAAGUUUGCAAAUUUAUCAUAAAAAGGCACUUGAAAAAAAGAAAGAAAACAAAAAGAAACAGAUAGAGAAAGAAGUUGUAUAUAGAUACAAAUAUAUUUGUGGGUUGUAAGGGACACAACACCAUUUUUAUUAUGAACCAAACCCAAGAGGAUAGAACAUUUAUUUAUCCAGACAUCAGUUUUAAGUACAGGAAAAAACUUGAUACGUUUCAUGAAGGGCGCUUUUUCGGAACACGGCAGGUAAUCACUUCCGUCAUCAUAUCCGUCCGCCGUUUUUUGUUUUUGUGUUGUCAAAUAAAACUCGACGUUUAUUUGUUUUUGGAUAAUACAAGAUUGAGAUAUGCUAUAUGUGGCUUGUUUUUUUUGCACAUUAAGAAGUUAAAAAACGAAGAAAAUUAUCACUUAGGUGUGAACUAAGACUUAAGAAGAAAUGUUUACAGAUUGACUAAGUGUAAAUCAGUUUGUUUGAGCUGUUUCAAGACAAACCAGACUGUAUUUGUUAGUAGAGUGUGAUGAAGAUGCGUUUGUCUCACUGCUCAUCAGAAGAGUUGUAUGGUUGCAAAUGCAGCGGUUGUCAAGAGCUCAUUUCGCCGAACGAGCUUGUUAUGAAAGCUCUUGAGAACGUCUACCAUGUUAAUUGUUUUAAAUGCGACGAAUGUGGUGAUCGCUUAGAGAGAGGCGACGAAUUUAUUUUAAAAGAAGACAAAUUAUACUGCAGUGCGGAUUUCAAUGUUGCUGAGCAAAAAUCUGACGUUGAAGUAUUUAGCAGUGACGAAAUUGACAGCAUGUCGACAACAAGUCCUAAAAGUCCAAAAUAUGACGACAAAAAUUUCGACACGGCGAACGGUUGUAAACGACCAAGAACGAUUCUCACAGCGCAGCAAAGAGAAGAUUUUAAAGCAGCUUUUGAAGUAACUCCGAAGCCAUGCAGAAAGGUGAGGGAGCAACUUUCAAAUGAAACAGGACUAAGCGUGCGAGUGGUGCAAGUGUGGUUUCAAAAUCAGAGAGCAAAGCUGAAAAAAAUACAAAAAAGAAGCGAAGAAGGUGGUGAUACAGAUAAAAUAAGGAAGGCAAACAAUCAAGGAAAAAUAGGAAAGAAAAAAAGAUCAAAAUCAACUGGAUCCACAAAAUCAUCGGAAGGUUCCAAUAAUUUUACUCUGCCUGUUUCAUCAACAUCGUCAUUCCCGUUCUCUUUUGGCAACUUCACCAACACAGCUCCGUAUUAUGAAGCAGAAACGCUUAAUAAUAAUCACAAUAAUCUGCUGAGUCAGCAUAAUACCGACUAUUCAAUACGAACCCCAUACAACCCGUACACACGACUGCAAACAGGUUUGUUGGACAACAGCAGUAAUGUUAAUAAUACUCAUACGUCGUAUGGCAACGGGUUUCAUUUACCGUCAGUAACCAACGACACGCCGUCUACGCCGCCGACGACAAGUCAAUUUCAAUUAAUGCCUCAUUUAAUGAAUUCGUUUAUCUAAUAAGCUGAAUUAAUUGUGUACAUAUAUAAAUAUAUAUAUUUUAAAGAAAGAUUAUUUAUGGGAAAAGUCAAAACAAGUUUUCCUCGCAUCUCAAUGUUAAAGUGAAAGAAGUUUGGCAGUAAUAAAGAUUGGUUUGGAAAAUGACCAUGCUAAAAACUUUGCAAGCUGUUUUGGUUCCAAAAAAAACCAUUUUUUAGCUAUUUAGCUAUUUUUGUUAUUGUUGUUUAAUUGUAGAUUCGGUGCACAAUUUAUUUUUUAGAACAGAGUUCCCAUUUUGUUCUAUUUAUUUUAGGCUAGUGAUUCUUGUCUGAUUUACUUCAACAUUUGAGACAUCCAAAAAUCUUAAAGGAGAUGAAGUACAGAGCAAAAGCCCUAAAAAGCACAAAAACUGUGCACUCGUGGUUCAUGGAUAUCCCUAUUACACAAUUUCUACGCAUUGGUGAAAUUCUUUCAACUCCCUCCCCCCUACUUUAGCCAUCAUUGCACCAGCAAGCGAACGUGGCUGGUUUGCUUUUAGGGAAAUUACGUGUUAUUUUAUUCUUGUAAAGAAAAAAUUAUUUUUCUGUUACUUGACUGGUAGUGUAGAUAUACUAAAAGUAUAUCCAUGCUGGUAGCUAGUUGAGUUAUUUAGAAAUAUGUAAAUUUGAUGUUUAAAUUGCUGAAAAUAGAAAGAUUAGUUAAUAAAAUUGAAAAGUGAUUUUAAUUACCUAU